UUUUCUGCCGGCGGAUCGAACGAUGCCUAGGUAAAUAACGCAAGUGACCUCGGGAAGUUGACGGAUGGUGAGAAGCUCGAGGUGUUCUGCGAUCCACAGGAUGGUUCUUUCCGGAAGCGGCUAAACACUAGCGCCAAUCGGCAAGAGCCCCGCACGUGAAGAUUGAGCCUCUCCUCGCCGAUGACUUCACAAAAGGUCGCAACCACCUGAGUUUCACACUGCGAAUGACAGGUGAUAAGAGGAGGGUGAAUAUCGAGGGAUGGUUGAGACAAAGCCUGGUUCCCAGGCGCACUCGCCGAAUAUAGCAGGAAAGUCUGGUGGAGGGCGGCAGCGCACGAUACAAAGUUGCUUAACCUGCCGGCGUCGCAAAGUCAAAUGCGAUCAUGGACAUCCAAUAUGCGGAGCUUGCACGCGUGGGAAUCACCUCUGUACCUGGUCAGAUCAGGUGCAGGGCCAAACAUCUGCCCGAAGGGUAUCCAAACCAUCAACACCUGGGGGCGGAAGACUUGCGAAGAACAGUGACGUUCAGUCGCGCCUUGAUCGACUUGAACUUCUCCUCGAAAAAGCAGUUACAGGACAAGGUGGCAAACCGUCCGUGUCUGCUCGAGCUAUUGGCGACAGCGAAAUGAAGGAUCAUGAAGCAGCGCUGACGCCAUCAUCGAACAGCCAGACUUCUCACGGCGCCGGUAUGGCUGACGACGGCGAUGGCACUCUACUUCUCGACGGCGGACAGUCGAAGUUCGUGUCUUCGUUGCAUUAUGCUCUACUUGCAGAAGAGAUUCAAGAUAUCAAGGCAUUACUUGGUGACAAAACAGAUGAAGAGCGAAAAGAAGUGCCACAAAGCAGUUUGGUGGACCUCCUGUCGCUGGGUCGUGCAGGUGCAGGUUCAAACCUGGACCAGCUUUUACCGGAUACACAAGAACAGCGAGAUACCCUUCUCGAUGUGUACUUCGCCAACGUCGACCCUAUGGUCCGGAUCACCCAUAAACCUAGCGUUGUGCGCAAGUACUCGUUGUAUAUGCGCGAGACCCAUCCCCUGGCGUUUGCAAUAUGUUUUUCGGCUAUCAACUCGUUGCCCCCCAACGUGGUCCAGAGUCGAUUUGGCGAGACGAAGGAGGAGCUUCUGGAUCGUUUUCAACUAGGCGUAGAGAUUUCUCUGGCUCGGGAGAACUACCUCACAACAUCAAGCCUAGAGAUUUUCCAAGGUUUCGUGCUCUGGCUGACAUGCAUCACAAAGGAAGAGGAUAUGGGCAAGGCUUGGGCGCUGCUCGGCAUCGCAAUGCGCAUUGCGUUGAACCAAGGUUUACAUCGUGACCCAUCCCUGUUCCCUGUUGGCUCGAUGGACGCUCUCACAAUAGAGCUUCGCCGUCGCAUAUGGCAUCAAUUAGGUCAUCUGGAGUUUCGUGCCGCCGAGUGCAAAGGACAGGAACCAAGUCUGUCUGAAGAUUACUACACAACAUUGUUUCCGCGUAAUGUCGAGGACGAAGAACUCAUUGACGGGGCAAGUCCCGGCCCAGCGCCAUACGAUGGAGAGAGAUUCACAUCGAUCACCUUCCAGCUCGUCAGGUAUCAGGGAAUGUCAGCACUCAGGCGGAUCAUUCGAAGUACCUAUCACCUUGAGAGACGAAUGUUGGACUCGGGCCUCCACGGUACAUCAAGACCGGACCCUGCGCGAGAGCUUCAAGAACUCUACGAGCAAAUCAAGAAGAUGCUAGAUGAGGUGCAUGAGGAGUCCCACAGGAAGUAUCUUCGCUUCUGCAACCCGGAGAUCCCUAUGCAAAGACUAUGCAUGGGCUUAGCUUCACUGCUCGAAUGGCGAUGCUACCUGCUCUUCUGGCUUCGCAUGCCUAGGGCCUAUAGGGACGUCGUUUUCUCCAAUGAGAUCCGCAAAUCCAUCUUCGAGAAAUCCGUUAAUUGCAUAGAAACAAUUAAUGGAGCAUCGGUCGAUGUCGACGCGGCUCGCUUUCAAUGGCACAUUGGUGGUGUUGCUUCCUUCCAAGCUAUCAUGCAUGUGCUCUCCGAACUUCGUAACCCGAUGUUCGAUAGCCCUGACCGGCAAAGAGCGCUUAGGGCUCUUCAAAUGUCACGCAUACUACGCGAGAACAACGGUGCCAAAGCGUGGCUAGCAGUGAAAGCCAUGAUCGACAAAGCCAUACAAGAGCACAGCAUGUCGCAAAGAACCCAGUCCCAAAGCUCAAGCGCGUUCGCCAGCCCGACGGCACCGGUAUCGACCGCACUACAGACCGAUGGAAAUGUGCAGGUCUACCCAGGACAAGGUCAGAUACCCAGUUACGCGAUACAAGCACCGUCGAUACCAUAUGGCCAGCCUGCAGCAACGUCCCAGCCUGUGCAGAACUACCCUCAGCCAAGCUAUGUACAGCCGAUAGGGCCAAUGCAGGAGCAGGCUCCGCCAUCCUGGGAAGAUAUCAACCUCAGCAAUAUCAACAACAUAGUUGACAGUCAAGCCACGCCUGGCAUAGUACCAGAGUUCGAUUUUGGGUUUUGGGGUGACCCUUUCAACUAUGAGAACGAGCCCAUUACCUUUCCCACAGAAGGCAGCUACUUCCCUCCUUGGACCGGUUGAAGAAAAGCAGAAGCAGGCCUGUUAUGUAUCGAUACCCCUUCUCAAUGAAUCAUGUUUGACACAUCUGUUAUUACAGAAUAGCUUUAGUGACUGCAUACAACUGUCAGUGCGUCACGGGCAGACACCAGUAGCCGUCUAAAAGAGGAUGCCCCGGCCGCCGGAGCUGGAGUCCCCACCUGCAGAGGUAACGAGUUGCGCGCCUCUGCAAUAAGCCUGUCAUUGAACACACGUAUAGCGUCGCAGGUCAACUUUAAUCGAUUUAAAGUACAUCAGGAUACUGCAACGGCAGUCACAACCGCUCAUUGCAGUUGCCUCAACCUUGGACUAAUACCUGGGAUAU